AUGGGCCGCCAAAAGCUCGCCACCGCGCUGCUCGCGCCGCUCGCCUGCGCGCUCGUCGCGCCGCCGCCCACAACACAACCGCGCGCCGCCCGGCGGCUCGCCGCCGGCGCCUUCGCGUCGCCGGAGCGGCUCUACCCCAACUCGUACGUCAUGCCCACGGGCCAGCGCUACGCGACGGCGCAGACGCGCGCCCAGUGGCUCGCGGACUGGCGCGCCAUCACCGAGUGCCUCGCGCGCUUCCCGACGGCCACGCCGCAGAAUUUGGACCGCACGCAGCUGGCCGUGAGCCUCAACGCCGCCUGCACCGACGAGCUCGCGUUUAUGACGGGCGGCGCGCGACGACGGCCGUCGCCCUUCGCCAUCACGCUCGUCGACGCCCUCUUCGUCGCCGCCUACUGCGACGCGCCCAGGUACGCGCGGCUCCGCGAGUACGCGCUCGCGCAGUACGUGCCGCUCCGCAUGGGCGACGUCUGCGAGCGCGUCGGUAGCCCGCGCGUCGCCGAGGUCGCGCGCACCGGCGGCGCCUGCUUCGACCAGAACCUCUUCGACCCGGCGACGCCGGAGUACGAGGCCAUGGUCAAGUGCCACAACGUCGAGAUGCGCCUCGCUUUGCUCGCCCUGCUCGCGACGUCGAGCGCGUUGCGCUGGCCCGGCGCCGCGCCGAAGGGCGCCGUGCGCGGCGGCGCCGAGGACACCAAAGACGCCGACCUCUUCGAGGAGGAAGCGGCGCCGGAGCUGAGCGAGGAGGAGCAGGCGACGAAGCGCUACGCCGACGCCGUCGCCGCGGCCAAGGCCCAGGGCGGCGCCUGCGCGGCGCUCGACGCCUUCGAGGCCGAGUCGCUGAAACCCGACCGCAACGAGAGCCUGCUCGCCGUGCACUGGAUGGACGUCAAGCUCCAGAAUCUCCAAGCGAAGAAGGACCAGCUCGCCGGCAACGCCACGACGCCCGAGCCGGGCCUGCUCGGCCGCAUGAAGGGCGCGCUUUCCGGUUCUAAAGCGUCGGGCUUCGACGAGGCGGCGCCGUACGCCAAGGGCGUCUUCCUGCUGGCGACGGAGUGCGGCGCGUACGUCGAGGCGGAGAAGCUCUCCGAGGCGCAGCACGCGGGCUUCUGCGAGCGCUGCGCGGCGGCGCUCGGCGUCGACGACGAAACGUUCGCGGACGCGCACAAGCGCUUCGAGGUCGCGCUCGGCAAGGAGGUCUUCGCGGCGUCGGAGCGGAAGAUCGCGGCGCUCAAGGCGGCGCUCGCCGACGAGGCCUUCGCGGCCAAGGCCUUCGCGUCGCUCACGGCGCGCGAGAGCAAGGUCCUCGAGAUGAUCAAGGACGAGGCGACGCUCGAGGCCAUGCGCACGGAGAUGCUCGAGAAGCUCGUGGAAGCGGACGGCAACGCCUACGCGCAGGCCGCGCUCUGCAAGCAGCUCACGCCCGCGGUGGAGACCAUGCUCGGCGCGCCGCUCGAGCAGCCCGCGUCGGCCUAG